AUGAGGCUCGCGCCGUGGUCUAAGUCCGUGCCUUACCUCGUCCUCGCGGCUUCCGCUGUGCUCUUCGCCGCCUCCGUCGCCCUCCGCUUCACCAGUCCUGCACCGGGCGGUGCAGCGAGGUGGAUGCCAGCAGACGCGACCGCCUCGGGCAAGCGCACGCGGUUCUUGAUCAGCAACUUCGGGCUGCCCGGGCCCGUGCCGUGGGAGUGGAUUCGCGAGAGUGUUCAGCAGCAGUUCACGCUGGGUGGCCGCGUGCGGAUCGAGACCUGGUUUUGGAAUACGGACUCACCAGAGUCGGGGGUGAAGCCGUUCGUGUGGUCCAACGAUGACAUUGAGCAGCAGGUCGCCAUGGCCCGGCGCCGAAACGCAAGCUUUGGGUCGUAUGAACCGAGUAACACGGCGUCCUUCUUCUCAGCGUUCGAAAAGUACCCGCUGGACGGCAAGAGCGUGCUGGUGAUCGGCAGCCAGUUGCCGUGGGUGGAAGCCAUCUGCCUGGCCUUUGAUGCGAAAGCAAUCACGACCGUUGACUUCAACCGGCCAGUGGCGUCGCACCCGAAGCUGCGGCAGCUGGUGGUGGACGAGCUGGAGGACAGCAGCGAGACGUGGGACGUCGCCGUCUCCUUCUCCUCGCUCGAGCAUGAUGGGCUCGGCCGCUACGGCGACCCCAUCAACCCCAAUGGCGACCUGGAGCGCAUGCAGAAGAUCAAGGGGCUGCUGAAGCCAGGGGGGCUGCUGUUCCUGGGCGUGCCCGUUGGUAAUGACACGCUGGUGUUCAACGCCCACCGCAUAUACGGGCCUGCCCGCCUGCCGCUGCUGCUCGCAGGCUGGCGUUUGGUGGACUUCUUUGGGGUCGACAGCCUGGAAAAACUGUACCGAAUGAAUUUCAAGGUCGACGUUGUUCAGCCGCUCCUUGUGCUCCGUGUGGAUGAGUAG